CAUUGACUUCAUUGAAAGUGAUUGAGAAAAGGCAUUGAAAGGCACUGUAAGCCAAACACUACAACAUUAUUGGUGUUGUCUUUCAAUACAUUGUUUGUUGUAUUAGUGUUUAUAUUAGUGUUUAAUACAUACAGUGUUUGACAUAACAUUUAAUUUGAUUGUAAAACGCAAUCCUUUAUAGUAGUGAUUGAUUCAUACGAUUCAAGUGUCAGAUCAUACCAUCCAUUGUAUUGAUUAUUCAUAAUAUCAUAUAUAUCGCUGUUUUUGUUGUCAUCUAACCAUUUGAUCCAUCAAUCGAGUCAUCCAUUAAUAUAAUUAUUGUCAACAAAGUGGUCAAAACAGAUAAACGAUGGCUCAAACACAGGGAUCACUACUGGAAGUGCUCAAGAAGAAGAUGAGAGCCAUGAAGGAUGAGUUGGAAGCGGCAAAAGAGACAACGGAUGACACUUUCAUUAAGUUAAUGGAAGAAAGGAGAAGACGUGAAGAAGCUGAAGGCGAUGUGGCAGCACUUAACCGACGUAUUCAACUGAUUGAGGAAGACUUGGAGCGAUCGGAAGAGCGACUGAAAGUGGCCACCAGUAAGUUGGAGGAGGCAUCACAAGCGGCAGAUGAAAGUGAACGAAUUAGAAAAACUUUGGAGAACCGGACUAAUAUGGAGGACGAUAGGAUAUCAGUGCUCGAAACACAGUUAGCUCAGGCAAGACUCAUUGCUGAAGAGUCUGACAAAAAAUAUGAAGAGAUGGCCCGUCGCAUAGCUAUGUUGGAGGCAGACCUCGAACGGGCUGAGGAAAGGGCUGCGGCCGGAGAGAGCAAAAUUGUUGAACUCGAAGAAGAGUUGCGAGUCGUCGGCAAUAACUUGAAAUCACUUGAAGUUAGCGAAGAAAAAGCCCAACAGAGAGAGGAGGCGUACGAACAACAGAUUCGCAUAAUGACUGCCAAACUAAAAGAGGCCGAAGCAAGAGCUGAGUUCGCUGAGAGAUCUGUUCAGAAAUUGCAGAAAGAAGUCGAUAGACUCGAAGAUGAACUGUUGGGAGAACGCGAAAAGACACAUCUCUUGCAGGAAGAGGUGGAAACCACUUUAAAAGAUUUACAAUCGAUGUGAAUGUUUGGCUAUUAGGACCCAAUUAUGCCAUUAAAUAACUGUUAAUAAUUGUGUGUUCGUCUAAACUAACUUUAAAUGCAUUCAUAUAUUUUAUGUCUUUUAAGAAAAUAUAAUUAUUAUUAUUAUUAUUAUAAAAAUUUAAUAAUCUAUUACUGCCUGCCAUUGGAUGCACAUAGAUAUCCACCCAUAUAUACAUUCCUUAAUUAAUCAAAACAUCAUUAUAUUCUUAACGCUUUUUUAAAAUAUGCUUUAAAUUGAUUGGAUAUGUCUGAGAAUGAAUUGGUUCACGAGAAGGAAAAAUACAAGUCGAUAUCGGAUGAGUUGGACCAGACAUUUGCCGA